CGAGCUGCGGCCAUCUCCUCUGCUUGGUCUGUGCUUGCGUGACAGAGUCGACAUGGGACGCCCGCUCAUCCUCCUGUGCGUUGUGGCUUUGCUCACUGGGACGCACCUCGCCUGUGCGAACGGGGAGGACGUUGCGCCAAGGAAAUGUGACAAGCUGUUAUCAAGGAGGGAAUGGAGGACAUUGACGUUGAACGAGCGAGCAGAGUGGAUCAGAGCGGUCAAGUGCCUGGGGAACAUACGACAUCCACGGUUGUCCUUCACCCCGGAUCAGACUGUGCUACAUGGUGACCACAGCCUGUACGACGACUUCUCCUAUGCACACGCAGUGAUGGACAGUACGGCGCACUUCAAGCCCUACUUCCUGCCCUGGCAUCGCUGGUUUCUCCAUCUCUUCGACUCUAAGCUCCGCAGCACCUGUGCAUAUACUGGUCCAACACCAUUCUGGGACUGGUCGCAGGAUCACGCAGACCUGUUCCACUCGCCGGUGUUCGACCCCGACCCCGAGCACGGGCUUGGCGGAACAGGUGACUGCGACUCCUUCUCCGAAGCAGACUGUGUCGUCACCACCGGCGCGUUUGCUCCUUCUCCGAGCUCCGACACAGGAGACUUCACACUCGCCUGGCCGCUCCCUCAUCAUCUUCGACGGAACCUCACGCUCCUCACCGGCUGGUUCGAAGACGAGCAACCGCAGAACAGCACCCUCGGCCCCUCCUUCGUCCAGAACGCUACGUUGCACACCACAGGGGAUUUCUGGAAGUUCCAGUGGUACAUGACCCUGAUGCAUAAUCAUGUCCAUAACCUGGUGGGAGGAGAUAUGGCCGGGGACUGUCCGAGGGAUCUGCCGCGGGAGGACUGUAGAGGCAUGGCGAUCGCGUACACGCCCAAUGACCCGCUGUUUUGGCUACAUCAUGCGCAGCUAGACCGGCUAUGGAGUGAAUGGCAAGUCGUCGAUCCCCUGAACUUCGACGCCUUCUCCGGCUUACCGCUCAACCCCACAAACCUGAGCAACCCGCACUACUCGCCCAAUGCCAGCACGACUCAUCUGAUGGAAUUUGACCGCUUAUCGGUGUCUGUCCCCGUGAGCAGCAUGUUUGACCAUGAGCAGUGGCCGCUGUGUUAUCAGUAUGCUGAGAUGCUGUGAGCCGUUGAAGGUGUUAAUGCUGGUUUGUUUCCUAGAGGGCUGGAGCACCUAAGCUUAUGCAUACUAUGUAAAAUAAUGAAGUAUCUCAUCU